AUGGUCAUGACGCCGCUGUUCCAGCAGAUCGCGCGCUGCGUCAGCUCCCCACACUCUGAGGUGGCAGUGCGCGCAUUGUUCUUGUGGAACAACGACUACAUCUUGACACUUGUGGCUCAGAACCGCGCCACCAUCCUGCCGCUCGUCUUCCCUGCCCUUGAGCGCAACGCCAGAAGCCACCAGAACGAGAAAGUGAGAGGGCUGAGCAUCAACGUGAGCAACAAGUUUCUCGAGAUGGACCAGCCGCUCUACGACUGCUGCCAGCGCCAGUUCCUUCAUGAAGAGGAGG